CGACAAAGGUUACAUAAAUACAAACCAGUUUACAGGUUUGAUCACUUUGGUAAUGAGAGAUGGCUAUUAUGUACAAUGUUAUGCCAUACAUUAGAUGCUGUGAUUUAUGGCAUAUAGGAGGUGUGUUGAAGCAGGCUCAGUUCGAAUUUGAAGAUUAUCCGGUCAGCGUUUGAAUCAUCCAAUAUUUUUGAAGGUGAGGCCGCAUCACAGUCAUGACCUUGAGGUGUGCGCGUUCGUCAUAACGUUUUGACGGCAAUAUUUCCCACUGGCGGAUGCGAUUUGUAGGAUUCCAUUUUAAUGCAGGACUGGCUAAGUAAAUCUGAAAAGUGAAUGACAAAAGCGAGCAGCAGGCGAAAUUUGUUACAGGAGCACAAAAAUACGCAGGAGUAGAUCGACCAUGAUACAUCUGGUGUCCAGAACCAACUGUUUAGAGGUAAGCUUAGGUGGAAGAUGAAGGUGCGCACGACAGUGAUGAAGGUCAGUCUGAAGCUGAAGAUAUCGCUACGAAAUAGAAAGAUUGGAGGAUAUUUGACUACGUAUUACCUUGUUGUGUACCCAUGUACAAGCGUAUGAUGAAGUUAUAAACAUUCAGGUGAAAUUCGUGGUUUUUUUUCUCUUAGGACCACCACCCUAUAUCUGGUCACGAG